AUCAGCAGACACACAGCCAACAAUGAGAAUGAUUUUGACGAGACGAGCAGGACGGCUCUCCUUCAAGCUUGCUGCCCUGAUGGCCACCCUGUUUAUAUCCUACCUGAUUGGCACGGGUAACUGGAAAGCAAACUCCAGCAGUAAGACUCUCAAUUUUACUCAACUGGGCUACGACGAUGAAAACAGGCCAGAGAAGGCGUGCAACUGCCAGGCCAUAUUGAAGGGUGACCGUGAGGCACUCGCGGAGGCAAAGUUAUUAAACCUGGGCAAAACCUUCCGCAAACAAGUCCAAGUUCCGGACCAAUUUUACGUGAAUGCCAGCAAAGACUGCAUGAAAUAUAGGACGAGCCGGAAGUAUCUUACAUUCCCCCUAAGCCAGGAAGAGGAAGACUUUCCCAUUGCUUACUCCAUUGUUCUCCAUCACAAAAUGCAGAGCUUCGAACGUCUCCUGCGGACAAUCUACGCUCCCCAGAACGUCUAUUGCAUCCACGUAGACCGGAAGGCGGCGCCUUCGUUCUUCGCGGCCGUCUCGUCUGUGGCCUCCUGCUUUCCCAACGUUUUCCUGGUCAGCCGGCGCGAGUACAUGAUCUAUAACGGUUGGUCCCGGGUCCAGGCUGACCUCAACUGCAUGGCCGAGCUGAAUGCCAGCAGCGUGCCGUGGAAGUACUUCCUCAAUCUCUGCGGGCAGGACUUUCCGCUUAAGACGAACCUGGAGAUAGUGCGAGCGCUGCGGGCGCUCGACGGCCGCAACAGCCUGGGGUCGAUACCCAUGCCCUGGGAUAAGAAGUGGAGGACGGAAAAGGUUUUCAAGGUGGUGAAAGGAAAAUGGAACACGAACGGGACUAAGAAAACAGGACAACCGCCCUUCAAGCUCUUUUCAGGGAACGCCUACAUAAUCGUGACGAGAGGAUUCAUCCAAAGCGUUCUGGAGGACCGACGCAUCCAGGUCCUCUUGGAAUGGGCCAAAGACACCUUUGACGCUGAGGAGAUGGUGUGGGCGACCAUUCAGCGUAUACCCGGCGUACACGGCUCCACAUGGCCCCACUCCAAGUACGACAUUGGCGACCAACACGCCAUUGCCAGGCUGGUUAAGUGGGCCUGGCACGAGGGCAAUCCAACGUCCAAAAAUGCUGCGUACCCGCCUUGCCAAGGUGUACACGUGAGGGGCGUUUGCGUGUACGGGGCGGGCGACCUACAGUGGUUGUUGACGCACCGGCAUCUCUUUGCUAACAAGUUUGACAUAAACACGGAUCCCAUCGCUAUCUACUGUCUGGAAAAGUACCUCCGACAAAAAGUGCUGGACCAGCUAAGGGAAAUGAAUGGCGAGUAUGGGUGGGAACUUCCGGGUACCUCUCAAUAAGAUUUGGAUGCAAGGCUAACAAUUACGAUGGUCUCACGAAAUAGCUAUUAGGGUUGUGACAUUAUAUCGAUAAGGUGACAAAUUCCAUGAUACUUUUUAGCCCAAAAGGUUACCGAUAUACUCCCAUCAGGAAUUGAUAAACAGGUACAUAAACUUCAUAAUGAUAUUGACGGGGCCGAUUAAUAGGGGGCCUAUCUCCGUCGAAGCUGACCGAGUGGAAACACAAAGAGCUUUUUCCGUUGAAAAUUCUUGUGAAUAAAUGUGUAAAUCCCUCAAUUCUUUACAGAUAUGGACGUAAAACAGUCUUGAUUCUUGGUUAAAAGCAAAAAAAAACAAAAAAAAAACGGCCAUUAGCAUUUAGUUUAUGUAUAUAUGUCGAAUGUGCUGCUAACCUUUAAGUUACUGUGGCGCCGCCUUACCACAACAAAGAGCUUUUUAGGUUGAAAUUCUUGUAAAUAAAUGCUUAAAUCACUGAAUUCUCUAUAGAUAUGGACGUAAUAUAGUCUCGAUUCUUGGUUAAGAGAUAAAAAAAAACGGGCAGAUAGCAUUUAUUUUCCGUAAAUAAAUUGAAUGUGAUGCUAGCCUGUUAGCCAAUGUGGCAGCCCCCUUAGUACAACAAAGAGGUUUUUGUGUUGAAAAUUCUUGUAAAUAAUCCUUAAAUCCCUGCAUUCUUUAUAGAUAUGGAUGUAAAACAGUCUCGAUUCUUUGAUAAAAGAGCAAAGAACCGGGCAGUUAGCAUUUAUUUUACGUAAAUAUGUCGAAUGUGCUGCUAGUCUUGAAGCCACUUCAUCGCCAACUUACCACAACUAAGAGCUUUUUAUGUCGAAAUUCUCCUAAAUAAAUGCUUAAAUCUCUGAAUUGUUGAUAUAUAUGGACGUAAUACAGUCUCGAGUCUUGUUUAAGAGCAAAAAAAAAAAAGGGCAGUUAGCAUUUAUUUUACGUAAAUAAGUCAGGUGUGAUGCUAAUCUGUUAGCCAAUGUGGCAGCCCCCUUAGUACAACAAAGAGCUUUUUACGUUGAAAAUUCUUGAGUAUAAAUGCUUAAAUCCCUGAAUUCUUUAGAUAUGUUUGUAAAACAGUCUUGAUUCUUUUGUAAAAGAGCAAAGAACCGGGCAGUUCGCAUUUAUUGUAGGUAAAUAUGUUGAAUGUGCCGCUAGUCUUAAGCCACUGUAUCGCCGCCUUACCACAACUAAGAGCUUUAAAUGUUGAAAUCCUCUUAAAUAAAUGCUUAAAUCGCUGAAUUCUUUAUAGAUAUGGAUGUAAUAGUCUCGAUUCUUGGUUAAGAGCAAAAAAACGGGCAGUUAGCAUUUAUUUUACUUAAAUAAGUCGGAUGUGAUGCUACUCUGUUAGCCAAUGUGGCAGUCCCCUUAGUACAACAAAGAGCUUUUUGCGUUGAAAAUUCUUGAGAAUAAUCCUUAAAUCCCUGAAUUCUUUAUAGAUAUGGCUGUAAAACAGUCUCGAUUCUUUGAUAAAGGAGCAAAGAACCGGGCAGUUAGCAUUUAUUUUACGUAAAUAUAUUGAAUGUGCUGCUAGUCUGUAAGCCACUGUAUCAACGCCUUACCACAACUAGGAGCUUUUUAUAUCCAAAUUCUCAUAAAUAAAUGCUUAAAUCACUGAAUUCUUUAUAGAUAUGGACGUAAUACAGUCUUGAUUCUUGGUUAAGAGAAAAAAAACGGGCACAUAGCAUUUAUUUUCCGUAAAUAAGUUGAAUGUGAUGCUAGUCUGUUAGCCAAUGUGGCAGCCCCCCAGGUACAACAAAGAGCUUUUUGCGUUGAAAAUUCUUGUUAAUAAAUGCUUAAAUCCCUGAAUUCUUUAGAUAUGGACCAGGCAUGAGAAUGGGUCAGUGGUUAAAAAGGUGAGAAGGGUGUGGAGGAAAUAUGUUCCAGUACACUGUACACCCCAACAAAAUAUUGAGCUCUGUCGACCCACACUGUGUUUCAGCAGGGCCGUGCAGAGACCCGUGGAGGGGCGGGUGCUCGUAGAUCAAAAGGAGCACAUGAACAAGUAUUUAAUACACCUUAAAACAACAUAACUUCAAUUUUAACCAGCUUUAGAUAAUAAUUGGCUGCGACUGUGACAUACUUUAAUUGGGAGGGGGCAACAGUGAAUAGAAAUCAAAACUGUCAUCAACACUUUCUGGCUGUGACUCAGUCAGUCUGCCUCUUUUCUUCCUUCAACCUCUGCAUCAAAACUUCCUUCCUCAACUUGUUCAUCUGAGAACAAACCACAUCAGAUGGUCACUGAGCCACCAACAGCACAGUUUUCUUAAAACUAUUAUUUCAUUAUUAUCCAUACUUAACAACUCUAGCACCUAAUGAUUAAUAAAGCAAUGACAUAAAAAUCUUAUAGAAAAAUAACAUUGUAAUUGUGUUUAUAAUUGGAUUUAAUACCCGACUAUCCUUGCAAACUUCUUCUUACCAGGUCUGCUAUUCACCCAGCUGAUGAGGUAUCCACUGCCUUUAGCAGCCUCAUCUAACUCCUUUUUUUAUCCCUCAAUCUCCCUUCCCUACGAUGCAUGUCUAUGUAAUGAAAUAUAAAUAUUUUAAAAAACAGACUCCCCGGUGGCUUUUAGUUUUAAAGCUUUCGUAAUUUCUUUCUCUCUCAAUAACGAUUUGUGUUUUUAUUAUUCAAUCAAAAAACAAAGUUGCUUCAAUCAAAAUACAGUAUAUACUUUUAAUCCCCAAAAAGUCACUUCAAUAAAAAAAAUUGUUUUUGAUUGCAAAAAUAAAUUUGAGACAAAAAAAGCAUUUGAAAACUAUUUUUCUUGAUUGAAACAAAUUUUUCCAUUGAAGUAAUGUUGUUUUGCAUUUGGGCCAUAUUUUGGCUAGGACAUUUGUGUCUUUAUUAUUCAAUCAAAGAAGUUGCUUCAAACAAAAAAAUAUAUAUAAAAAGAAAAACUUUGCACAGGUGUCAAUCACCGUUUACCAAAGCCUGAGAGGGUGAAGCAUUUAAUAAAGCCAAGCAUUUUCUUACUACUUUAUUCUUGUUUAAAACUAAUUCGGUGGGGCAGUAACAUGUUUAAAACUUAUCAUAAUUCUUACAUUUUGAAGUGCUUGAAAACCAUUCAUAAAUGAUACUUUGGUGAAAAAAGUGAAAAAACAUGUCUUAUAUAUAUGUAUCGUUUUUCCAAUGUAAAAUCUGAAUAAAUGCAUUGAACACGCACAAAAAAAAUGUGUGGGGGGGGGCGCUACUUCGCGGUUUUCACUUAUUGCGGCAGGGUCUGGUCCCCAUUAACCGCGAAAAACGAGGGAUCCCUGUAUUUCUGAAAAGCUUUAAGAAGCAGGACUCAUUCCCACCACUCGUCGAGCCGGUGUUGUGCCAACACCGGCCGUCAGCUCAAAUCCAAGCCGAAAAUAACGCGUCGUCUCCCGCGGACGACGGGAGCGAUGUGAGGCGACCCCUCCAUCCGAGAGCAUGCCGCUUAAUUUGACUCAACAGUGUGUUUCUUCGUUUGUAUUACCGCUAAAUACACAAGCUUGACGCCAAUUUAACGGGAGCUAUUUUUUUUCAUGGGAGAUUUGGCUAGCUCUGGCAGUGUUCAAUGCAAGCUGCAACGAAUGGCAGUAACUUUUUUAUAUCGCAAAAUGUGAAAACGAUUGAAACCAUUACUCACCAAAUUCAAUCUGCUGGCAAAUACAGGCAAGUGUGUAUGCUGCGAUCUGGUCUGCCCCGCUCUGGAUAACGCCUGCUUUUUGUUUUCGCAGUUUUGCAAUGCAACCAAAGGCUCUCCAAGCACUCCAUGUACACAUAAAGAGUGCGCGCAAUUGGAAUAAUGGAACGCAGUUUGGGCCGAUGAUUGGUUCUCGUCAACGAAGCAUCUAGAAGGAUUUGCUGACUGUGCUCUUAAGUGCUCAGUUUACGUACUAAGUUAAUCACAUGAUGAUAAUAAUAAUAACAAUUAAAUAAAACCUCCCGACCCCCCCUCCUCCCAAAAAGAAUUUCUCCUCGGAUCUACGCAAUUCACGUAGGUCGCCCUUUUUGACUUCAAAACGGCGAAUUUCGCCGAAAGGUGAGAGAUUUUCAUGCCUGAUGGACGUAAAACAGUCUUGAUUCUUUAGUAACAGAGCAAAGAACCGGGCAGUUAGAAUUUAUUUUACGUAAAUAUCUCGAAUGUGCUGCUAGUCUUUAAGCCACUGUUUCGCCGCCUUACAACACCUCAGAGCUUUUUAUGUUUAAAUUCUCCUAAAUAAAUGCUUAAAUCACUGAAUUCUUUAUAGAUAUGGACGUAAUACAGUCUCGAAUCUUGGUUAAGAGCAAAAAAAAAAAAAAAAACGGGCUGUUAGCAUUUAUUUUACGUAAAUAAGUCGGAUGUGAUGCUAGUCUGUUCGCCAAUGUGGCAGCCCCUUUAGUACAACAAAGAGCUUUUUGCAUUGAAAAUUCUUGAGAGUAUUCCUUAAAUCCCUGAAUUCUUUAUAGAUAUAGAUAAUGCUACUUCCGACAUGUGUGAGUGGCAGGUGACUACGCCAAU